CUCAAUGCAAGAAUCAUGGAACUAGAACGGUCAGCAAAAGGAAAUGAAGAGCGAUUUGAAAAAUUGGAGCAAAAGCAAUGCAAUACUGUAGAUAGAUUAGAAAAUGGCGACAAUUCAUCUGAAGAUGAUUCUAAUUCAUUAUAUAAUGUAAAAACUGUUACAUUGGAAACGAAUCCGAAGAAUUCAACGGAG